GGGUCUUGGUCUGCGCCUUGGCGGCCGUGCGGCCUGGCGGGGUCCCUACCUCCCGUCUCCGGGCCUUGGUGGCGGCCCAGGCGGGGCAUGCGCAGUCCCCACUCGUCGCUUUGUGGAGGGGGAAGUGUGCAGGGGGCACCGCUGACCGCUUGGCCAAAGACCGAGAGGCAGACCCGGGGCCUCCGCAGGGGAGAGGGCGGUCAGGCGGCGCCUUGGGCCCCGUGGAGAGGGGUGCUUCGGCCGGCACGGUGGAGCGGGCCGCCAGCCAGCCACACGCGUUCUGACCCCUGCGCGGUGCCAGGCUCCAGGCAGGACCCCGGGCAGGCGCACGAGAGGGAGGGUACCACCCUUGACCUGCACAGGGCUCCCAGCCCUCAGGAACGUUGGGGCUGAGGGCCAGCGGGACAGGCCAUCAGGCAACAAGCAAGCAAAGGGGCCCAUUUCAGUUCCUGACAAGUGUUGUGAUGGAAAUAAAACAGGGAAGAGGUGACUCUGAGGCCCCUGAGUGCCAGUGGUGGUGGUGUCCCUUGUCACCUGGAACCUCAUGCAGCCGGAACCCAGGCCUAGUGGGGCUGGGGCCCACACCCGAUUCCUGCCCCUGAUGUCACAACGCCCCGAGGGGGUAGGGGACACAAUGAUGUACGCCUCUACUGAGUGCAAGGCUGAGGUGACGCCUUCCCAGCAUGGCAACCGCACCUUCAGCUACACGCUGGAGGACCACACCAAGCAGGCCUUUGGCAUCAUGAAUGAGCUGCGGCUCAGCCAGCAGCUAUGUGAUGUCACACUGCAGGUCAAAUACAAGGACGCGCCGGCCGCGCAGUUCAUGGCUCACAAGGUGGUGCUGGCUUCAUCCAGUCCCGUCUUCAAAGCCAUGUUCACCAAUGGGCUGCGGGAGCAGGGCAUGGAGGUGGUGUCUAUCGAGGGCAUCCACCCCAAGGUCAUGGAGCGCCUCAUCGAGUUCGCCUACACAGCCUCCAUUUCCAUGGGUGAGAAGUGUGUGCUCCAUGUGAUGAACGGCGCCAUCAUGUAUCAGAUUGACAGCGUCGUCCGUGCCUGCAGUGACUUCCUGGUGCAGCAACUGGACCCCAGCAAUGCCAUUGGCAUCGCCAACUUCGCCGAGCAGAUCGGCUGUGCUGAGCUGCACCAGCGUGCCCGCGAAUACAUCUACAUGCACUUCGGGGAGGUGGCCAAGCAAGAGGAGUUCUUCAACCUUUCCCACUGCCAGCUGGUGACCCUCAUCAGCCGGGAUGACCUGAAUGUGCGCUGCGAGUCUGAGGUCUUCCAUGCGUGUAUCAACUGGGUCAAAUACGACUGUGAGCAGCGGCGCUUCUAUGUGCAGGCGCUGCUGCGGGCUGUGCGCUGCCACUCGCUCACGCCCCACUUCCUGCAGAUGCAGCUGCAGAAGUGCGAGAUCUUGCAGUCGGACUCGCGCUGCAAGGAUUACCUGGUCAAGAUCUUCCAGGAGCUUACGCUGCACAAGCCCACACAGGUGAUGCCAUGCCGGGCACCCAAGGUGGGCCGGCUCAUCUACACCGCUGGUGGCUACUUCCGCCAGUCGCUCAGCUUCCUGGAGGCCUACAACCCCAGUGAUGGCACGUGGCUCCGGCUGGCAGACCUGCAGGUGCCCCGCAGUGGCCUGGCAGGCUGUGUGGUGGGUGGGCUGCUGUAUGCCGUGGGCGGCCGGAACAACUCGCCCGACGGCAACACCGACUCCAGCGCCCUGGACUGCUAUAACCCCAUGACCAACCAGUGGUCGCCCUGCGCCCCCAUGAGCGUACCGCGCAAUCGAAUUGGGGUUGGGGUCAUCGAUGGGCACAUCUACGCUGUUGGUGGCUCCCAUGGCUGCAUCCAUCACAACAGUGUGGAAAGGUAUGAGCCUGAGCGGGACGAGUGGCACUUGGUGGCCCCAAUGCUGACUCGAAGGAUUGGGGUGGGAGUGGCUGUCCUCAACCGCUUGCUCUAUGCCAUUGGGGGCUUUGAUGGAACAGACCGCCUCAACUCAGCCGAGUGUUACUACCCAGAGAGAAAUGAGUGGCGAAUGAUUACACCCAUGAACACCAUCCGAAGUGGGGCAGGAGUCUGCGUCCUGCACAACUGUAUCUAUGCUGCGGGGGGCUACGAUGGUCAGGACCAGCUGAACAGCAUGGAGCGCUACGAUGUGGAGACAGAAACGUGGACUUUCAUAGCCCCCAUGAAGCAUCGGCGAAGUGCCCUGGGGAUUACUGUGCACCAGGGAAGGAUCUACGUUCUCGGAGGCUAUGAUGGUCACACGUUCCUGGACAGUGUAGAGUGUUACGACCCAGACACAGACACCUGGAGUGAGGUGACCAGAAUGACAUCUGGCCGGAGCGGGGUGGGCGUUGCUGUCACCAUGGAACCCUGCCGGAAGCAGAUCGACCAGCAGAACUGUACCUGUUGAACCACUCUUGUGUAUUGGCCAAAAAAAAGGGUCUGAUCAAGAGUAUUGUCAUUUUGUACAAAAACGGGGAUGAAAGAAAAGGCGACAGAGCAAAUGCUUGACCUCCAAGAUGGGAGGCUGGAUGCCUUAAUGUUAAAAUGACACCUCAAAUGAAGAGAAGGCCAGACUGGGAACCCAUGAGUCCAUCCGGGUAGUCCCAGGAAUGUCCAAGAAAGCCUGCCUGGGAGGGAGGUGCAGGAAAGGCAGACUCCCAGGAGAGGGGCCCCUGCUUCCACUACUCCAAGACUAGGCCUGGGUCCCACACCAGCAGGCCCCCCUUUGGGGCGAAAGCAGGUGUCAAGGUCAGGCUGGUUUUUGUGAUUGGUUCCUGGAGGCCUGGGAAGGAGCCAACUGAGGCCUCAGUUGGGGAGGCCCCUCUGGAGAUGUGGACCCCAGGGAUGGGCCUGUACAUAGAAACCACUGGAUAUCUCUGCCUUGGACAGUCAUUUUGUUGAUAAGAAACCCUGUAACUUUCCAAUGAAAAUAAAGAACAAACUAACUAGUG